GAACCAUAACAGUGCCGCGGCAGCCUGGGAAAAAGAUAACUGGGGAAUGAAUGCACUCAUUUAGCGCCGUUUAAAAAUAUUGCUAAUAAAAGACAAAGUGGCGCGAACGCCCACUUUCGAAGUGUUAAUAAAUAUUCAGCCGUAAAAUGUCACUGACUGCAUCGUGUGAAACGGUCUCUCAUAAGAGGACUCUGUCGGACCUCCUCGCUGGCCGAGUGGUGAAGAGGCCAAAGCAGGAAGAUGCUCAGAGGCUGCAGGAGGCAGCGAUCCAGCUGCUGGAGCAGCAGCAGAACAUCUGCAGUCUGUUAAAGGAGGUCGGGAAUCCAGAUCCUUACAACAUUUUCGGCACUCAGAAUGGUGAGCAGAAACAUGCGGUGUCUGAAGGCGUCACAUCUGCCACUGCAGGUUCCCUGCUAGUGUGUGAGCUGAGGCGGCAGGCCUUGCAGCUGGGCGUCCCGGCGGCGGCCCUGUCGGUGAAGAUGAUACUUGAGAGGCUGAUGGAGAUCACCGGAAGCGAGGAAGAGGACCAGAUGGGAGGGCUUUUCACUUCCUCUCAGCGUGUCCAGCUGUGCAUCCUGCUGGAGUCCAGCAGAGAACUGCUGUCACAGGGAGCCCUCUGCCCUAAACUGCUCUGGCAGGAGUACAGGAGGGAUCAGAGGCUACCUAACCUAGAGGUGGUGUACCAUCUCCACUUUUACAACAUCCUCACCCUGAAGUACAUCAUAGAGAGUGACGAAGAAGCGAGGUUGUGGUUGGCGUCUCAGUUGAAGGCUCUGUGCGGUUGGACGCCUCCACAGGGAGACGAGGAGACCAAACAAGUUCAACAGAAAGUGCUGUCAACUGUGGUUGGAGUCUUGGUGGGAAGUGGCUUUGAGCUGAGCCAGGAGCCAGCCGCCGCCGACAGGAGGGCGUCCCUGCUCUGCUGCUCGGUGCUGGACGACAUGCUCUUCUGGCUACUAGACACUGUGGAGAAGACUCUGACGCCGCAGUGUGCUGGAGCAGGAGCUGAUCUAUGGAUUCAGAUAUUCAAUGCCUCGUUGUGUGGAGCUUCAGCGUCAGUGGAGACCCUUCAGCGUUUCUUCACGCACUCCCUGACACAGACUCUCACUUACAAGCCUCGACUAACCGUGUCGGAUGCCAUCACUCUGCAGAAUGAGUGGACCUUCGCAAAAGCCAACCGCUUGUUGACCUCUCUGUUCCGUAAGCUGGCGGUGAUCUUCAGCAUGGAGCAGCUGCUGUGUCACCUGCAGCAGGUUUUGGAAACUCACGAGGUCAACUGGAAACACGUCCUGUGCUUCCUCUCCACCCUGCUGGUUUACAACCCCUGUGCCCAGCUCAGCCUGAGAGAGCUGCUGUCCAGACUGCUGAGCUCAGCAUUUGAAGGCUACGACCUAGAGAACAUGAUAACUGCCUUCCUCUUGGCUCGACAGGGUGCGCUGGAGGGACCCGCCAUCUUCCCGUCCUACAGCAACUGGUUCAAGAUGUCUUUCGGCGGAGCCAGUGGCUACCAUGCGACCAGUAAGAAAUCUCUGGUGUUUCUGCUGAAGUUCCUGUCUGACUUGGUGCCCUUUGAACCCCCACAGUACCUCAAGGUUCACAUCCUGCAGCCUCCAUAUGUACCCGUGAAACACCGCAGCCUCCUGAUGGAGUACGUCUCUCUGGCCAAGACCAGGCUGGCCGACCUCAAGGAGUCGGUGGAGGACAUGGGUCUAUAUGAGGAUGUUUCUGGUGCAGGUGGAGCCUCAUUGCAGCCCCAGUGCCAGGCCGCCCAGGAUGUGGAGAAGGCAGUGUCUCUGUUUGAGAGCACAGGAAGAAUCUCUGCUACCGUCAUGGAGGCCAGUAUUUUCCGGAGGCCGUAUUUCCUCGCGCGGUUCCUCCCGGUUCUGCUGACGCCGAGGAUGCUUCCUGUCCAAGCCGACGCUUGGAUGAGUUUUAUAGAAGCUCUGAAAAAGGCGGAUAAGAUCCCUGCGGCACAGUAUUCAUCUUACGUGGAGUCCUGCCAGAAACAGAGGCAGCAGGAUGGAGGUGCCGUGUGUUUGGACACUAAUGAUGAGCCUCUGGAGGUGCUGAAGAUUCAGCUGCAGGAGUUCACACAGCUGCUUGUAGAGGAGAAUGACGGAGAGAUGUCGGCCCAGCUGUCAAGGAUCUCACACACUCUGAGCGUCAUCUUUCCCGGCUGCCCCGAUGAGCCGAUCGGACAGACGGUCAUCGAGCUCCACACGAACACGCCGCUGUCCCCUGAGCUCCACGUCAAAGUCGUCAACAUGAUCCUGAGAAACUUCUGCCAGUGCUUGUUAGACGCUUCCAGAGCAAACCCUCCUAACAAACAAAGCCUGUGGGCCUCCAGGUUUGUCGGUGCGCUGCUUGGCAACACACAGCUCGUCUCUGGCCUCAUACACCGACUCUGGGACCUAUUUCAUAACCAGGGGUCGUCGCUGAGCUCCGCACACCUACUUGGUCUGGCGGCGUUUGUGGUCCAUCUCCACGCCUCCAUGUCCCUCGGUCCUCUGGUCCAGCUGGUCCCGCACACACUGCUGGAGCCGGUACCCAUCAUGGAGGCUCUUAGCUCUGCGCUGGUCUGCAGCAGGCACGCCAACAUGCUCUUCUGUGUCAGGUUUUGUGUAGCAGCUGUGUGUUACGGGAUCUGCAGAGGGGACUCGCUGCCUCAGCAACAAAAGCAGGACUGCAUCAUCAACAGCCUCUAUAAGAAGCUUCUGUACCUCAUCCCAAGACUGUUGCCUGAAGCCAGAGGAGCUCCCAUCACUGUUGGGGGUCCAAUCAGCGACCACCAGGAAGAGAACCCGCCGGGCCUGUGGAGCAGUGCUACAGAUGCCAACGGGACAUGGAGGAAGACCGCUUGGCAUCUGUGGAAGCACCCGGCGUUCCGUCAGUUAGAACACAUGCCGAAAUAUCAGGUAUCGUUCUCAGAAUGGCUGGCUAUCGAGCUCAGAGUGCAGAGAAGUGAAGACGCCCUGUCAGACCCAGAACGUCAGGAGUACCAGCAGUGGGCCUGCUGGGAGCUCUACCUGCCUCGUCCGGAGGAGCAGGGAGGCUGUGGAGGAGACACGAGGAUCCUCUACUCUCAUCUGCUCAGUGCCAUCAUGGACCAGCAGUUAAGCAACCAGAGCCUGGAGAAAUCAGAAACAGGGACCUGUCUGCCAGACAUCCUGUCCCGGUUACAGGAGCUUGUCUAUGACAUGGAAACGACCAACCUCUCCGGCAGCCGUGGAAGCAGCCGACCCGACGUGCGGGACCUCCUGUUGGAAACGCUGUCUCAGAGAUGCUCCUCCUCAGCUCCACCGGGGAUCAACGCCGAACUCAGCCUACUGCACACGCUGAACACAUGGAACAGAGUCCUGCUGGCUCUACCAGCAGUGUUGCUUGUUAAAAUGAAGUCUGAAGGAGGAAGGGAGACUCUGGAGUGUGACACGCUGAUAGAACACGUCAACCAGCAUCAGAGGAAGGCGUGCUCUCCGAUCGGCUUGCUGUCCUUCCACCUGACGUCACACCUCCUGAGGGGUGUGUUGUCUGCUGGCGCACGCUGCAGAUGUCCGAGAGAAGAAAUCAACAAAGCCUGGUCCCAGAUCAGUCUACGCUGUCCGCUGCUCCUAGUCUCCACAGCGCAUUGGUGGGAGCGUCUGUCUCCCGUGCUGUCCUCACUGUGGAGUCGUCUGUGUGACGGAGAGACUCUACCAGAGCAGCUGCAGCUCCUCGCUGACUGUCAGAGCUGGGCCUGCAGUUUGGAUAAGGGGCUGAUGUCGUCUCCUAUGCCCGCGGCUGAAGCCCUCCUGCUGGCUGCCAGCCUGCACCGAGCCUGGCGAGGACAUGGGUGUGACAACCAGGGCUUCAGUGCCGCCCUGAGUGUGCUGCAACCAGAGAGGAGCACGCAGUACCAACAGGUGCUUGUUUUUCUGCUCUUUCUGUGCGUUAAGGACCAUCUGUCAUCCCUCCUGUAUCCACAGGAGAGGAGUCACCAGAAAGCAGCAGAUCUCUGCAGAGACCUCCUGCUGCCGUUGGUGGACUCUGCUGACUGGCUGCUUGUCUUCCAACCAAACGGCGUUUACCAGUCGAUCGCCAUGGUGAUGUCAGACGAGUUGACCCGACUGAUGCCGUGGGCCUUCUUCAGCGUGCUGCUCCAGCAGAGCGGCGAGCUGCUGCAGAGAGCAGCACGCUGUCCGGGGUUCCUCCACACCGCCGUCCUCUGCUACGUCGGCCUGCUGCAGCUUUUCCUGGAAGGACACGCGCUCAAACCAGCCACCGAACCCAUUCAGAUGGACCCUUUCCAGAUUCUCAGCCGCUCCAAGCAGUUUCUCCUGAGAGCAAUCCCGCAGACGUCUCUGACCGCUCUGUCCUCUGGUCGACUCAGACAGCUGGAGUCCCAAUGUGCAGACCUGGACCCGGAGGUGGCAGCAGCUCUCUCCGUGCAUCUUGCCCCUCAGAGCCUCAGCCCUGAGAUGGACUUCCUCUAAAAAAAGCUGCAGUGU